CGGACGGGCACCGGACAACGCCGACACUAUCUCCCGACCGCCUAAUUAUGCCUAUCACCGGAUUGGAGCCCCUUGCGUCAUUCUCCGCAUCACCCACCGGAACCGAACCUUGAUUAAUCGCCCUCGUAGUCCGCUUUUCAGUCCCAAGUACCGGGCCCAACAUGUGGGGUGCAAAGUGACCCUCACGAUGGCUAGGUGUUGCUUGCGAUGCGUACGGAGUGGUGCGCUGGCGACGAGUCAACACUAACACAACAACGUCCCGAUUUCGGUCCGGCUCCUCAACGUCGUCAUUCUUCGAUCUUCUGGACCAAAUCUAGUCUGGCUACGUCGUCAAUCCAAGUUCGGCAUACCGAUUCCUCAACACAUCACCUCACCUCACCAACCCUAGCGAACACCCCUCACAAUGGGCUCCCAACCAACCCCAAGCCCGAUACGCCUCGCCAUCCUCGAAGCCGACACCCCCCUCCCCGGUAUCCGCAAAAAUUACAACGGUAACUACACGGGCGUCUUCACGCACCUCUUCACGCGCGCCCUGGCCCCCACGCCCCUCUCGUCGGCCCUAACCCUCACGGGCCACGACGUCGUCAGCGACCCCACCUCCUACCCCGACCCGGAAUCCAUCGAUGCGGUUCUCAUCUCCGGAUCGAAACACUCAGCCUACGAGAGCGAUGACUGGAUCCUCCGGUUGGUAACUUAUACAAAGCGAUUGCUUGAAGGGGGAAGGGUGCGUGUCAUCGGCGUCUGUUUUGGACACCAGAUUUUAGGGAGGGCGAUGGGGGCAGAGGUGGGCAGAAAUGUGAGGGGGUGGGAGUUGAGUGUUAUUCCGAUGCAGAUGACGGAGGAAGGGAAGAGGAUUUUUGGAGUGGAUGAGUUGAGGAUCCAACAAAUGCACCGCGACCAAGUAACCGAUUUCCCUCCCGGCGUGACACCGCUGUGCCAUACCGACAUGUGCCCGACACAAGGCAUGUACAUACCGAAGCGGAUGAUCGCCGUCCAGGGCCACCCGGAAUUCACCGGGGACAUGGUCACCGAGAUUUUGAAAAUGCGCCACGACAAUGGCAUUAUCCCCACGGGCGUAUUUGAGGAUGCCAUGGGUAGGGUAGAAAAUGAGCAUGAUGGCGUCAAAAUUGCUCAGGCGUUUUUGCGAUUUUUGCGGGAGUAGGAGUAGGGAAAAUUGGAAAGGAAAGAAAAAUGAACGGUAUUACAAAGCAUCGGGGAAUGUGUAACAUGUCUGGGACCAUCUGCGGCGGCGGGCGUGCAGGUCAGAUGGCGGGUUGCCUUCCGCGUACACUUGGACCAGUCAAGGGAUGGACAAUAAAACAGACG